UUGUGGAGAUAUUUGUCCCCCACAAUGUAAUGAAUACCUGGAGCACGCAUACAGACACACACACGCGCACACACGCACGCACACGCACACGCACAGAUCCUCCACUACACCCCCGCAGCUCCACGGCCUCCUGCUCCACUUAUUCAUUUUUGCUGUCACUAACUAAUGAAGCCAUUAGCACACCUGCAUAAAUUAUUACCAACACAAGCCCCCCCCCCCAUGAUGUAGACUGAAUUAACACUAAAGCUUAGCACCAGACAGGCACCAAUACAUACCACAGGAAAAAAACUAAGAUUCUCCCGUCCACUGGAAGGUUGACUCUGAGGGACAGUUAGGUAUAAAUCAUACGAAUGGCCCCCACCUAUAGAUUUGUAAAUUAUGAUACUUAUUAAAUGGAGACAUCUCUUGUACCCUUACCAUGUUUUGCACAGAACUGAUACUGAAGUACUGCGUUUAAAAGAUAUACUUGCUCUAUGCUUUACUGUACCCUUACUAACCUCGCCUGCACAAAUAGUGUGUCUCUGCUUUGUUGUAAACGGAUCGACUGUCUGCACCUCAGUUUCUGCUGAUUCUGGUCAUUCUGUUGUUUCACCUGAUCAGUGACUUUCCCCAGGGCAAUUCCCAGCCUCCCCUGGAUCCAAAUAAUAUUUAUCCGAUGCCCAGCAUCUGGACUAUUUCUUAUGCAAUUACAUAUUUCUGAUAUUUCCUGUCUGAAAUCUCGUCCUUACAAGAGGCUAUUUUCUGGACUAUGGCCCUUCCGUAUAUUGCAGGAAUUUCUCUUCACAAAAUACAAGCAAAAUGGUUUAAUUUAAUUUUUAAGAUUACCAAGGUGUAACUUAAGGGGAAAACACACCAAUCACUAAUCAAUCACAAAUUGUCAAAAUGGAAUGUAAACAAGAAGCAGUGAAAUUACUGCAGCCGUCAAGCUGUCUGUAAUGAUAAAUUACAUCGUGUGGCAGGAAAAAAGAUGCAGAAUGUGCAAAUAUGAAACUGAUGGCCUUUGAAGCUGCCCAGGAUGAGUUAGGGGUGUCCAAACUGAUACAACCAGGAGCAGUGAUAAUGAGUUUCUGCCUGGUAAUUUUUGCUGUAGUCGUCCAAUGUAAAUUGUCAUUUUUAAUACUGAAAAGAAAGCCUUGCGAUCAUCCCGUCCAGACAUGCAAUGUUAAAACCUACUGCUGAUCCUCAGGCUGUGUCUGUGCAGCAUAAAACUUCUAUAUAGCUAUGAAAAAAUGUGACUCAAGGCCAGGAGCUGAAGAGGUUUUUAAUAAAAAAGGUAUGAAUAAAAGGCUUUUUCCAUAUUUAUGUUAUAAACUAUAACUACCAGUCUGUGUCUUUGUAGGAUGCUGCCCAGAUGGUCAACCAUUUCCUGGACACCUUUUCCUCUUUCCAAUGUCCAAUAGAUAAUAUCCAGCCACCAGGCAGGUAACUCCAGUAGCCAAUAUCCAAUCACCAGGCAGGUAACUCCAGUAGCCAAUAUCCAAUCACCUGGCAGGUAACUCCAGUAGCCAAUAUCCAGUCACUAGGCAGGCACAUCCAAUAGCCAAUAUCCAAUCACCAGGCAGGUGCUCAAUCAAGCACACACUUUAAUACAGUGACACAUAAAUUAUCACUGCAAGACAAGUUCUGCCCACUUUUUCUCAACGUUAAUUCACAAGCCCUAAUCUUCAUCUUAUUUCACCUCUUAACGAGCCUAGGUGCAAAAUGGCCAAGAGCGUCCUCUCUCAUAUGAGCUCCUCAGGGGGCUGAGCCAGUGUGUCUGGUCAUGGGGAGACGAGCAGCUGACAUCACCAAUCCAGUGACAGAGUUAGGUGUACCACUGGCGGAGGGGCGGGGCUGGAAGAUGGGGGGCAGUGAAAAAGUUGGUGGGAUGUUGCCACAGAAAUGGGGCCCCCUUUGCAGUGUGGGGGUGCAGACAUCCCCUGGACUCCAAGCGCUGACCUCCCUAAAGAAAAGGAAACACCUUGGCCAAUCUGAGAACACCACCAGCCAACAAGGUGGAGGUGAUGUCACAGAAGCUAUGGUGACCUCACUAUUGAGGAUUUCCCAUGAGUCAGAAGUUGAUGCCACUAGGGAAUCCUCACAGAAUACAGCUAAUAGCAUCACGCAAGGUGCAGUAAAUGCAGAUGGAGGAGGUGGAGUCUACUGCCAUCGGAUGAUCAAGGUGAAUGCUGCACAAUCAGGAGGACCAUCGAGCUGCCAGCUGAAAUGCAAUAGAAGCUCCCGGUACACUAACGGUAGCAUUGUUGCAUCAGAAGCAGUCGGUGGAGUGAUCUCUGAUGCCGAUGAAGGGGUGGAGCCAGUGCCUAGUACACCCGUACAACAGGACAGGGGGCGGGGCACAAAAGAUUGGCAGGCCAGUCCUCGGCCCUGCCCCCUCGCUCCCCGGCUGUGCGCUAAGUGUGGCCGACGGCAGACCCCCGCCUCGACCUGCAUGUCUCCAACCUGCCGUAGGAGGACUGCCCUGCUGAAAUCAAGUGGGGGAGUCCCCCUGACACACCCAACACCCAAAUCAUCUAGUCCACCUUCCCCGACACACACAUAUCCAAAACCAUCUAGUUCCACCCCACCAUCACAAAGACCAACAACCCAAUCUACCACACAGGCUCCGCCCACUCACACACUCUUUAAGCAAGCCAUCCCUGCCCCCCAGAAUCCCACUGACUUGCAACCUAGUACACCUCUUCCUUCUACAUACACACUCCCCACACCCACAACCCCAUUCACCCCAAACAAAACCCCUGACUCAGAAGCUCCAGCAGAACCUUCGAUUGCUUCAAGCCACCAAGUGGACCCAGCUCUGCUGUUCCCAGAUACCCACAACCAUCACGUUCCUCUGUCAACACCGGCAAUCCCACAAUGCAACGGCAUUUCCGGGGGGCUCCACAGUCGGCUGCAAAGCGUGGAAGAGAAUCUACUCUACAACCAGGAGAAGAUAAAGGUCCUGCUCAACGUCAUUCAGGACCUUGAGAAAAACAAGGCUCUAAGUGAAGGUCGGUGUUCCUACAGGACUGGACAAGACCUGAACAACUGCUCCACGUGCCAGACCAUGGCCUGCAUCAUUUACAGCGUGGAACAUGAAUUUCGCCUGCAGGAAGACCGUUUCAAAGGCGUUCUGGAAUCCCUUGAGAGGGAGUAUGACGUUCCAAGUCUAGAACCUCCUGUUCCUCCAAUAACCAGCUACAAGAACAAAGUAAAGAAGCUGCGCAGGAAGUGCUUUUGGUGGCUCUAAACCCUGACUGGCCUGUUCUUUCAGUGGCUGUGGGGGAGGCUUUCAAUAUCUGUCAUGGAAAUGCAGUCUUUUGCCGAUGAUUCUCUGCCGAAUUCCCCUCCGGCACAUCUCCUGUUCAAUUGGUUUGCCCCACGUCAUGCUUUCCAGAAAGAGUCCAAGGAUAAUGUGCUCUAGGACCUGCAGGUGUCCCCGGCUGUCUUCCACGCACCCACCAUACUGCUACAUGAUACAAGAGGGACUGUCUCUGGUCAGUCGUAAUCAUGACAAGACUAAACCUUCUGGUCACACAGAGAAAUGAACAAUCCAUCUCCUUUCCUUGAACGGCACAAGCCUCCAUUGCUAGGAGAGUGAUGGACAUUUGUGAUAUAUGGAGUAUUGAAGAGAUUGCAUUGAAUAACUAUUACGGUGUCACAUAGAGAGGAGGCGGAGGUCUGUGUGCUGCAUCCUAAUCAUGCUGCAGUUGUCAGGUGUGCACCGGAGUUUACUUUCUCUGCCGACUGCUGAUCACAAAGGUGGUACAGAGGGUGUCACACAUGCAGCAGAUGCUCUAUAGCCUGGCAGUUAUAAAGGUGGUGCAGAGAGGCUUACACACACAGCCGCUGCUCUGCAGACUGCCGAUAAUAAAGGUGGUGCAGAGAGGCUUACACACACAGCCGCUGCUCUGCAGACUGCCGAUAAUAAAGGUGGUGCAGAGGGACUCACACACACAGCAGAUGCUUUGCAGACUGCCGAUCAUAAAGGUGGUGCAGAGGGCAUUGCACACAGCUGCUUUCUUGCAGACUGCCUAUCAUAAAGGUGGUGCAGAGGGUCUCACACACACAGCAGCUGCUGCUCUAUAGACUGCCAAUUAUAAACUUGGUGCAGAGGGCUUCACACACAGCUACUGCUCUGCAGACUGCCGAUUAUAUACUGUAUGUGGUGCAGAGUGUAUUAGAUGCAGCUGCUGCUCUGCAGACUGCCUAUUAUAAAGGUUGUGUAGAGGGUCUCACAUACACAACCGCUGCUAUGCAGACUGCCAAUUAUAAAGGUGGUACAGGGGGUAUUACACACACAGCUCUGCUCUGCAGAUUACCGACCAUAAAGGUGGUGCAGAGGUAGUUGCUGCUUUGCAGGCUGCUGGCCAAAGUAACAUGAAGGUCCGGAGGUCCGGUGAGGGAUGGCUGUCCGCCUGAUUGGUGCCUCCUUAUUACAGAGAUGCAGCCUGUCUUUUUUACUUAGUCUCACCAGUAACUGCAACAAAACAAGACCUACACUCUCCCAUGUUAAGGUGGCAGGUUCUAUGCCCCCAGUUACGAGGAAAUCACGGCUUCCAUGUAGACGUUCACUUAUUUUUCUGCAGGUCAAACGUGAGUAUAUGCUUUCUUAUUGGUAUGAUACCUAUACUGCUCUCCUCCAGUCAAAGACAUUUGACCCCUUACUAAUCUGUACCUCCAGUCAGGUGCCCAAACUCUAUCAUUCUCUUAUCUUUUCUGUCAUUUUCCCUUCUCUCCCCCACUCUCUACAUCUAUCGUUUACUCCGUUUCAUUCCUUAGAUCUCCUCACUCACUCCUCACCCUAACUAAUGAAAUUCACUUGCAUAGGUGUAGAUUUAGGAAGGGACAAGGGGUCUGGCCCCCAUUUGUUGUUAAGAAAGUGAAUAGCUGUCCCACUCAGAAAUACGUGACCAUCUAAAAUUUUGUAUGGUGUUGUAUUAGCUGUGUCCCACAGGGCUACACAUAUCUAGCAAUUAUAAUACAAGCACUUAAAACACAUAUAGAGGCAGAACAAUAUAACCAUCCCAUAUUUAUAAAGCAUUUGCAUAACCAGUUUUUUAAAUUGUCUCCAGUACGAUUGCAUCCUGCAAUCCCUCAUCUGCUCUCAGUUCUUGCUCCGUUCUUUGUUAGCACUAAAUCUAUGAAAGCAAAUAAAGUGUAUUUUCAAUUA